CAAUGCUGCCCAACAGAUUGAGAAACGACGACCGAGUUCACCUCCCAUGACGAAGAAGGUGCAAAGGCUUACGACAACCAGAGGGUUCUGUGUGAUGAGAUAAUCAUCGCUAUUCUUGAGGAAUAUCAGUCCAUUCUCGAAGGAUUCGAAGUUAUCGCCAUGAAGACCGGUUGUGCCUUGCUCGCAGUCGCCGGAGCGGCCAUGGCUCAGAGAUUUGCUGGUCAGCCUGCAUGCGCCACCGGCUGUCUGUCCUCGGCAAUCGCUGCUGCUGGUUGCGGGUCUGAUGACCUUGGCUGCCAAUGCGGCGAGAAGAACUCGGAGAUUGCCAACAAGGCGGUGCCUUGUCUCAUUUCAAGCUGCCCAGCUGCCCAACUGAUGCAGAUUCGAAGUGCUGCCUCGGCCGUUUGCUCAGGUUACUCGGCAACAGCCGCGCCGGCAGCCGUUCUUGCCCGGAUCACUGAGCCCGCCUCUCUGCCAUCGCCGUAUCCGGAUAUCCCCGCGAAAAUAGUCAUCAUCACGAGGCCUAUUGUGGUUACCGUGUCGGCAACGGAGCCUACUCUCGCCCCUACUAUGUCAACAUCGGAGGAUAUGCCCACUGCAAGCGCUGCUGUAGUGGGUGCUCCGGUGUUCUUUGCUGCGGGUGUCAUCCUGGGUUUGUUGGCAAUCACCGCCUUCUUGUGACAAGACGGCGUAUGGCUGAGGACAUGGGGAGACUCUGAUAACCGCACGUCCACCUGUAAACCCGAUUACUGCAUGAGGAAGAAUCCACUAG